GGGUUAAUUCAUUAUAUCAUGUAUCUGCGCCUAUGGACGCAGGUACUCGGUUUUAUUACCUGCCUGACCGUUGUCGUUGUCGCCGUCGCUGACUCCGAGUUCGGUCGCGACUCCGACACUGACCUCUACGACAGCCAUCUUUCAGAUCAAGCAGUGUUCGGCGGGCUCUGUCCUGACUACACAAACUAUGCUCGCCACCAACAUAAGCCUUUCAGCGAAGGGCCUCUAGAGCUUCCUUACCAACGACCGCAUCCUCACUGUCGCAAGUUCUCGUCUCCGGCGGUGGAAAAGGUCAUAGAAGAUUUACACCCUCGAUUGAAGGACGCAGACCUGGCACAGAUCUUCCGCAACGCGUUUCCCAACACUCUGGAUACCACCGUACUUUGGCACGUCGAUGGAGUCACGAAACAUGCGGAAAAGCCACGCUUGUUCCGGGAUCGAGGCAAAUGGGAGGGCGCCCACUCCUUCAUCGUGACGGGCGACAUCAACGCCGAAUGGCUUCGUGACUCGACGAACCAACUCGCGCAGUACCAACAUCUGGCCAAGUCUGCAGAAGACAUCUCGAGUCUCCUCCUCGGCGCCAUCAAUACCCAAGCCGAGUUCGUCAUCGCGUCGCCCUACUGCAACGCCUUCCAACCGCCUGACCCGUCACGUCUCCCACCCGUUCACUCGGGCCAGGAAGACUACGUCCAUCCAGCCUAUGAACCAAGUGUGGUCUUUGAAUGCAAAUACGAACUCGACAGCCUUGCAGCAUUCCUCUCAUUAACGAACCAAUAUCACACCUCGACCGGCUCGACCGCGUUCCUCACCCCUCGGUGGUACAAAGCCCUCGAGCACCUCCUGCAUGUCCUGGACGAACAGUCUCGGCCCACUUUCGACCCUACCACGGGCGAAUAUGAAAGAAACGAAUACACAUUCUCACGCUCGACGCGCUUGGGCACCGAGACACUCAAUCUCGAAGGGACAGGAAACCCUCUAGCGAAUGGCACAGGUCUGGUGAGAUCAGCAUUCCGCCCUUCCGACGAUGCGACCAUCUUUGGCUUCCUCAUCCCUGCAAAUGCCAUGAUGUCUGUGGAACUAUCUCGCACCGCGGCACUACUUAAGACCGCGUCCUCCAGAUCGUCCGCCAAGGAAGCGACGUGGAUGACUCAAGUGGCCGAUAACCUCGUGCGCCGAUCCGAGAUCAUCAGAGACGGCAUCUACAAGCACGCCGCUGUGCCACACCCGGAGUUUGGUCGCGUGUUUGCCUACGAGGUCGAUGGAUAUGGAGGCCACCUUCUCAUGGACGACGCAAACAUCCCCUCCCUCCUGGCGCUUCCCUUGCUCGGAUUCGUGGACAAGGACGACGCGAUAUAUCAGAAUACUCGGCGCAUGAUUCUCACCCAGCGGGGGAACCCGUACUUUCUGACCGGCGACAAGUUCUCCGGCAUAGGCGGUCCGCACAUUGGCCUUCGAAACGCGUGGCCCAUGAGCGUGCUCGUGCAGGCGAUGACGAGCACCGACGACGCCGAGAUCAGCGAAUGCGUCGACCGUGUCAAGAAGGCGAGUCUCUUUGGUCUGAUCAACGAGUCUCUUGAUGUGCAUCGUGGCAUCGGGCCCGGCGGCGACGGCAUGACGAGGAGUUGGUUCGCGUGGGCCAACAGCGUCUUCGCGCAGACCGUCCUCUGGCUCGCGGAGCACAAGCCUCAUUUGGUCAUGAAGCCAGAGGAAGAUGGGUCGUUUAUGAGUUAUCGAGUCGGUCAGGGGUUCGUACGGUCCAACAGUCAAUGAGGGAAAGAGUUCUUCGGGGAGCUGAUAGGACUUGCCUACCUGGGUACCUAGAGUGAGGUGGUGACCGUCUGGUCCUACUGAAAUCAAUCAGUGUAUCCAGGACAAAAGUGGCAUACAAAAACGAAAUAGACAUUUUCUCCAUUACAGGUACAGAACCAAUCGAUCCAAUGCACAAUGCCAUUCUUUCUCAAGG